UUGAUGUCAGUGUACUGGCGGAGUGGAGUGCGAACAGUUGAAGGCGGUGCUCGGUGGCGUCAAACUGGGCUCAUAAUGUGAUAUUUAGUGACGGUACCCAUCCGAGGGGGAGGGCGCUGCCUGUAUUUAAAUGGGAAAUCUGUUGGGCCACUGGAGGUUCAGGGAGCCGAGCACCGUGGAGGAAUGCGACUCGACGUGGGGGUCGGACUCUGAGAGCGACGAGCCGGCGGGCGAGGAGGACAGCGGCAUCUCCGAGAGCGUGAGCCCGGCAGAGAGCGAGUGGGCCGCCGCGGAAGACGAUGGAGACUUGCCUCAUCAGCUGACUGACUCUCCAGAGUCUCCUCCAAAGAUGAAGAGGAGUUUUUACGCUGCCAGAGACUUGUACAAAUACCGCCACUGCUAUCCGAACUACAAAAAGUCCCGUCAACCCAAUGAGUUCCUUAACCUGCGUUUCUACCUGAACAAGAUUCCUCUAGUACCUGACGGUAUUUAUAUAGAAGAGAUUUUGACGGGGUGGCGAGGUGACUAUGACAAGCUGGAGCACAAUCACACUUACAUUCAAUGGCUGUUCCCGUUACGUGAACAAGGGCUCAACUUCUACGCACAUGAACUGACUCAGGAUGAGAUUAAAGAAUUCCAAAGUACUCGAGAAGCCAAGCGAAGGUUCUUGGCAGCUUACUCUCUAAUGUUGGACUUCUAUGGCAUCAAACUACUGAAUAAGAGCGGAAAUGUCGCUCGGUCUUCCAACUGGCAGGAGCGCUUCUAUCACCUUAAUGAGUCCCAGCACAACUACCUGCGCAUCACUCGCAUCCUGAAGUCCCUCGGCGAACUCGGGUAUGAGGCCUUCAAAGCUCCACUGGUUCGCUUGUUCCUGGAGGAGUCACUGCAUCACAACACGCUUCCCAACAUGCAACACAGCAUCCUGGAAUACUUUGUAUACACCAUUCGCCUGCCGGCCACCCGUAGACGCCUGCUGCGCUACGCCCGCCAGCACUACAGGCCUGCUCACGCCUUCCUCUGGGGUCCUCCACCUAAGAGAUCCAGGUUUAAAGGUGGGGAUGAUGGGGCUAGUGUGGGGGCUGGGAGCAGUGGGAUCCGAGCACCUGCUCCCACACCAGAACCACAGAGAAGGGGGGAGAUGAGCUUCAUCUCUACCUCUGCAUGUAGCGGGUCACUUGUGUCUUCCCAUGAUGCCAUAGUAUGCCGUGAUGUGUCGGUAGAGAGGCUGAACAGAUACACUGGAGUGGGCUCCAGCAUGGAUAGCCUGCAGGGGACACUUAUUAUGAUUGCAGAAGGAAAUAAUUACACUGAGGUUGUUCCUAUGUAGGGAGUGACAAAUGUUGUUUAGGUUCUAAAACCCCAUGAGAAAGUGAAAUAAUACAUCAAUUUAAUGCCAUGGAUAAAUAUAGAUUUUUUUAGUUCUAGUAGGAUAUCUUAAGGGCUUAUAAUAAACCUCUAUUUGCUGAUGAUGCUAGCUGGGAUAAGACUACUAUAGACUCAAUUCCCAAAGUAUGUUAACCCAUUACAUCUGAACACAUGACUAAAGAUUGCCUUAUGCUUAUUGAUUUUGAGGUGCAUUUAUAAACCAGAGGCCUGUCAUGCUGAGGAUUCAUUAAUACAUAGUCGAGACAUGGUGGCUACCAGGGAUUAGAUACUGUAAAUAUGUUCUAUUUUUACUUUUCAAACUCAGUGAAACAGCGACAAGGAAGCAGAUUGUCAUAACGAUGACUAUCACUUAAAAGUUAUUUAAGUACUUUUUUAACUAGUUAAAUGACAAUACAUUGUGCUACUUACCACUAUCUAUAGCACACGUCUGCUGUAUAGAACAAUAAAUGUGAGUUUUUCAUAGAAACAAAACUUUCUGGGAGGCCCAUUUGUAGUUUUGAGCGCUUCCAUAACGAGUCUACUGACAGAUAUAAGUUCGAACUAUACGCUAGUUUGUAUUACAGAUGGCAACAAGGGAGGAUGCAUGUGUCAGUCCGCCCCACAACAAGAAGAUAGAAGUAAAGAAGGAACUUAUUGACUACAACGUCGAACUACAACGGCCAAUUUGCGCAAAGAUCUUGGGGUAAAUUUCGACCACAUAUUGAAGAUAUCUGCUGACGUCACAGGACAGAGCAAAUUUAAAAUGUCUCGUUUGCAGGAAAUAUGAAGGAAGGCAAGAUUGUUUUAUAAUUAUCUCUGCAAUGCCUCCAUGGUUGGAUUUGAAAUUUUCGGGAAUUAUACACAUGCCAAAUACACAAAAGCAGGCUAGUUAUCUGUAAUAGCAAACAGGUCCCCUAACAUAUGUCUGCUAACAUUUAAACAGUGAUACCUCGUAGGGAUGAGCGAUACGGCCUAAAAUAUCGUGAUAUACAUGGGAAACUCAACGAAACGAAAGUUGAUUCAUUUCAGCAAUUUAACUUUAAAUGUGAAACUAAUAUGCGAUGUAAACUUAUUACAUGCAAAGUGAGAAUGUCAAGCUGUGUUAUAAAUUUGAUGAUCAUGGCUUAUAGUUUUUGAAAACUUCAAAUUUUCUGAGAUUUUCAAGUCAAGGUUUUCAUAAGCUGCAUGCCAUAAUCAUCAAAAGAAGGGUUACAAUAUCUUGAGUUGCAUGUUAUGAGCCUCUGUCAUAUAAUAGUUUCACCUUGUAAAUCGAAUUGCUCGAAAAAACAAACCUUUGCCUGAUAUUAAAAAUUUUUGACUUUCAGCUGUAUGUUGCAGCCUCCUGAGAUAACGAUGUGUUUUACAAUAUAUUAUUUGGCAUAUAAAUUAUAAUAUUACCAAUCAAAAAACAGGUUAUAGAGGGCAAAUUUUUCUGUUGACGUAUGCUGUAACAUAAUUUCCGGUUGUAUUUACAAAUUUGUCAUUGAUCCGAUACCAAGUAGUUACAGAGGCGGAAUUGGCCAAAUCAAUACUGAUACUUCAAAUCAUUGAUUGAUUACAUUUUUGAUCACAAUUAUAAUCAGGCAUAACACAGAGUGGCCUUGUAACAAUAUCAAUUACAUUAUUUCCUUAUUCCCUUUUAUAACAUACAAUAUUUGAAGCAAAAUAUAGUCAAUAGUGAAAAGAACUUAAGCAAAAACUACAUUUGGCUGCUAUUUAAAUUAUUUGGUUCUGCCCUUAAAGCCUUCCUAUAUCCGGGGACGUAUUUACUAAUUUUGUAAUUAACAAAAACGACAAAAAAACAUUUUGUGAUUGUAAAAAGAAAUGUAUCCAAUGGUACUUGCAAUAAAUGUAGUUUAUUUGCCGGCGUGAGGGCGAGGAUUAGUCAGUCGCACUGUGGAGAAACGUUACCCGCUAACGAGGACUCAACAUUGCGUUGAGGACGCGUUUGUUUACUUGUGGUUGUCAAAUAUAUAUCAUCUAUAUUGCACAAACCUAGUACCACAUUUUUUGUUACUAAUCUGUUUCAAAAAGUCUAACAAAGACAGAAUCAUAUGAAAACCAAAAAAAACAUGUAAAUCCAAUUGACUGGUUCCUGACACCCACCCAGAAAAUAUGAAAUACAUAUAUACUUCAAAUAAAAUUUGAUAAAUGAACAUUUAACAUCACUUCUGCCUUUAUUAACGGUGGGGGUUUACCAAGUGUUCUUUAUUGAAUCCAAAAAUGUUUCUCACUUUUUUCAUCAGUGUUCUCACUCACAACUUUCUUUGGCCCCACGGUGGAUUAAUUUGCGGUUGUAGUCAAUUAAAAAAAGCACAAAGCCUGAGUCACUAACUUGUGGGAUUCCAUGGACUACUUUGUACGUACGAUAACCACGAUGGUAUACGAAAACCAAUGCAAACAUUUUGGCAGAAAUGUUUGCAUACCAAUACGAGAUUCCACUGUAUCUGCAAAAUGUGUCUUUAUUGUAUGGACCUGCAAUUAAAACAUAGUUAGCACACUAUAUCUAAUUAAAGGCUUUAUAAACAUGUUACUAAUAACAUUUUAGUCUGUGAAGUAUUAAUAUUAUUAUAAAUGACUGUUAAAGUACAACAUAUAAUAGUACUAUUUGACUAGUUAAAGAUAUCGCUGUAUUUUAUAGUUAUCUAUUCCGUUAAAUAUCAACUCAACAUAAACUUAUUCAAUUUCUAAUUGUUGUGAAGUGUAUGAAACAAUAUUAAGUAGAUAAUUGUGUAAUGGAUGCCAACUAGCUUAGCUGUGCGCUAGAAUGUUAGGUAAACCUCACUUAUAACCAGCUUAGGGACAUGACAUUCACUCUAUAACUACUUUAGUCUUGUAAUAUUGAAAACAUGACUUUAUUCUCCAAGUUUUCACAACCUACAUUUUUGUUUCCCUUUUUUUAAUCGGUGUGAUCGGAAUACUUCUACCGUAAGGUAGAGCUGGAUGUUUUCGGGUGACGAGCAGAGCUGUUGUGUUCAAAUGCUGUUAGAACAAGCAGAUUCCUGAAAUAACAGAAUGGCUGCUUGUCACCUGAAAGCCUUUUGCACUGAAGACUUUAUGCCAGGUGCGAGGCAGGUGACGUGAGAUGUGCUGCACUUUUUUGACAAUCUAUGUCUUCCUUUGAAAAGCGCGGUAACGUUACUUCAAAUGGUUGAUUUUGGGCUUGGCUGUAUAUACAAAUAUAGUGGAAUUAGAAUUAGUGUUGAUGAUACGUACACUGAAUUAAAUGUACCUUUGAAGUAUUGUAUUCACAAGUACGCUAGGUAGUUUUCAAAUUGUAGUUGUAUGUGAACUAGGAGCCCACAAAUGUGAUUACUUAAUACUACUGUGAGGAUAUUUGAAUGAAAAUGCUCUAAAACUCAAACAUUGUUUAUUUAUUAAGAGUUAGACUCCUCAUAUCAGAGUUUUCAGGGCAUUGAAUCGGACGCUACUGGACUGUUCACAUUGUCUUAAAAACAUUUUGCCUCUCAUUCAGCAGAUAUUUGAUCAGUUCCCCUCGGCCAUUGUUGCAACUGAAUGAAAAGCUAAUACACGUGACUCCAUCCUCACUAUUGUUGUGCUGGCAGAGGUCUCACGUCAUUGUUUCUUAACACCUGUUGUUUUGCACCACAAUGGAGUGAAACCAUCCUUGCCUGGGCAUGUCCCCUCCUGUGGCCAUUAAAUACUUUGAAUCCUGUGCGGUCCACUUGCGAUCGAUUCAAUCACCUUAUGAAUGAGAAUAUUCAAAUGAGUGAAACGCAUUUUCUUGAAUUGUAUCUAUUUUUUGUAUAUUCUCUGUCAUCUGAAAGGGUUAAAUCGAGGCGUGUCACCUUUCAUCCAAAAGGCUUCUUCUAUCUGAAAUUGUAGAUGCAGAGUGGUGUGUCCAUAUUUGUGUGUCCCCCAGAGGUUGUUGCCCAGCAUGGCCAGUGAAACCACAUUCCUGCAUCUAUAGCUGACAUUUCAGACGAUUUGAAUCUUGUCCAAAGGUUGGUUUGUACCAGCAGUUAGAUUUACAAGGUGAAACUAAUGUAUGUUGUGGGCACUUAACAUGCAACUCCAAAUAUUUCAGGACUUCUUUUGAUAUCACUUUGAUGAUUACAGCCUAUAAAAACCUUGAAUUAAAAAUUGAAAAACAUUUUGGGAUUUCAAAACUGUAAACCAUGAUCAUCAAAAUGAUAACAAAUAAAAAUGUGACAUAUCUGACUUUGUAUGUAAUGAGGUUAUAUCACAUAUUACAAACCCCGUUUCCAUAUGAGUUGGGAAAUUGUAUUAGAUGUAAAUAUAAACGGAAUACAAUGAUUUGCAAAUCAUUUUCAACCCAUUUUCAGUUGAAUAUGCUACAAAGACAACAUAUUUGAUGUUCAAACUGAUAAACAUUUUUUUUUUGCAAAUAAUCAUUAACUUUAGAAUUUGAUGCCAGCAACACGUGACAAAGAAGUUGGAAAAGGUGGCAAUAAAUACUGAUAAAGUUGAGGAAUGCUCAUCAAACACUUGUUUGGAACAUCCCACAUGGGAACAGGUGGGUGCCAUGAUUGGGUAUAAAAGUAAAUUCCAUGAAAUGCUCAGUCAUUCACAAACAAGGAUGGGGCGAGGGUCACCACUUUGUCAAUAAAUGCGUGAGCAAAUUGUUGAACAGUUUAAGAAAAACCUUUCUCAACCAGCUAUUGCAAGGAAUUUAGGGAUUUCACCAUCUACGCUCCGUAAUAUCAUCAAAGGGUUCAGAGAAUCUGGACAAAUCACUGCACGUAAGCAGCUUAGCCCGUGACAUUCGAUCCCCCAGGCUGUACUGCAUCAACAAGCAACAUCAGUGUGUAAAGGAUAUCACCACAUGGGCUUAGGAACACUUCAGAAACCCACUGUCAGUAACUACAGUUGGUCGCUACAUCUGUAAGUGCAAGUUAAAACUCCUAUGCAAGGCGAAAACCGUUUAUCAACAACACCCAGAAACGCCAUCGGCUUCGCUGGGCCUGAGCUCAUCUAAGAUGGACUGAUACAAAGUGGAAAAGUGUUCUGUGGUCUGACGAGUCCACAUUUCAAAUUGUUUUUGGAAACUGUGGACGUCGUGCCCUUCGGACCAAAGAGGAAAAGAACCAUCCGGAUUGUUAUAGGCGCAAAGUUGAAAAGCCAGCAUGUGUGAUGGUAUGGGGCUGUAUUAGUGCCCAAGACAUGGGUAACUUACACAUCUGUGAAGACGCCAUUAAUGCUGAAAGGUACAUACAGGUUUUGGAGCAACAUAUGUUGCCAUCCAAGCAACAUUACUAUGGACGCCCCUGCUUAUUUCAGCAAGACAAUGCCAAGCCACGUGUUACAUCAACGUGGCUUCAUAGUAAAAAAGUUUGGGUACUAAACUGGCCUGCCUGUAGUCCAGACCUGUCUUCCAUUGAAAAUGUGUGGUGCAUUAUGAAGCCUAAAAUACCACAACGGAGACCCCGGACUGUUGAACAACUUAAGCUGUACAUCAAGCAAGAAUGGGAAAGAAUUCCACCUGAGAAGCUUAAAAAAUGUGUCUCCUCAGUUCCCAAACGUUUACUGAGUGUUGUUAAAAGGAAAGGCCGUGUAACACAGUGGUGAACAUGCCCUUUCCCAACUACUUUGGCACGUGUUGCAGCCAUGAAAUUCUAAGUUAAUUAUUAUUUGCAAAAAAAAUAAAAAGUUUAUGAGUUUGAACAUGAAAUAUCUUGUCUUUGUAGUGCAUUCAAUUGAAUAUGGGUUGAAAAGGAUUUGCAAAUCAUUCUAUUCCGUUUAUAUUUACAUUUAACACAAUUUCCCAACUCAUAUGGAAACGGGGUUUGUAGUUUCACAUUUGAAGUUGAAAUGCAGAAAUGAAAGGACUUUGACAUGUUAUAUCCUCAUAUUUUGAGUUUCACCUGUGUGCAUAUUGUAUGCAUAAUUUGCUGUUUGCCUGCCAGGAUUUCACAAUGUUUUAUUGGGAUUGUUGCGGCCUAAAAUUCCCAACGAUUUGAGGCUAAUUUUUGCUAAAAAAACAAAACAAAAAACAGACUUUAAUUGCAUCAGCUUGUGAUUUUAUGAAAAAAAUACUGUUUUUAAAAUGUGUUUUCUUUCCAGAAAUGCACCAUAUUUCAACAGAUCUAACAAAAUAGACCUUAUUUACACUCAAACAUGUGCAGAGUUUGGAAAACAAAUAUUUGACGUUUCACUCUCCAUUAGCACAGAAAGAAACAAAACCUAACUUACACUCAACACUAGAGGGCAGUAUAAGCACGUUCUCUCUUGGUCAAGUUGAAGACAUUCUGUGCAUGUUUUCCAGUGGAAAAGUGCGUGUCCGUGAAAAACGUUCAUGUAUGUUUAAACACGUUACACAAAGUUUAUUCUCGCUUACGUUGAGAUUCUUGGGGAAUUGUUGAGUGCAGUGAUCUGUGUUGACUAAGAGAGACACAUCCACAUCUGUCUGUAUAAACUAGGAAGUAAGGCGGAGGAAGUGUUGCUAGAAGUUUCUAUAAUACAUUACCCAGAAUACUUAGCGCUGUAUACCGGAAUGAAGAGGGUCUAAGUAAGACAAAAGUGCCCAAACUGUUUGCCUCCAAGGGCCAAAGUGAAAAUGCGCCAUUAGUCUGCGGGCCAAACAGCAUUUUAAAGGUACAGCAGCACCGUGAGUAAAGUGUUUAGACUAAGGGGUGUCCAAAGUAUAUACCACAGCUAAUUUUUAAAGAGCCCACGUCAUUUAAAUAUAAUGUUGCAGUUACUUGAGUAUGAUACCUGUUAACAUGCCAUUGUUAAUAUGCAAGCUUCUUUUUUUUUCUUUUUUUGCAACACAUUUUGUCGGUUUACACACACCUCAAUCAUAUUUUGGUAGUUGAUGCAUGCUACUGUAGCAUUCUAAACACAUUUUCCAGGUACACACAUCAAAGUAAUAUAUUUUAGUACUCUGCGCAUGUCACAGUUACCAUUUUAGCUUGCUAACAUUAGCAUUCUAGCUUGUUUUAGCUAAUUGAAAUGGUAUUUCUUAGUUGAUAUUUUGGUAUUUCACUAAAUAACUGUAAGCAUGUUAUUGUUAGCAUAGUACCUUUUUCUUUUGUCUCAUUUUGCUCAUACUUUUUUGCCAGUAUAAAUAUGUAUUAUAUUUGGGAAAUCACCAAUUAGUGGGCCAAACAAAAUGUCUUAACGGGCCAAAUUUGGCCCCUGGGCCCCACUUUGGGCACCCCUGGUCUAAGAUAUUGUUAUUUUUAUUGCUCUUCCUGGUUUGCGUACAUAAUUAACAUAACAGUGGAUGUUGGGUCACAUUUGAUUGGUUUGAUUGGAUCGCAUAUGCGCGCUACUCAGGGACAAAUUCAAUUGGCAAAAAUGAUGACUAUUAACUAAAAUGUGCAGGGAAUCUUACGAGGUUCGGACGAAGUAGCGAAACAGGGUUAGGGUUACAAAAUGGUUACAUUUGCGUGAAUGGCCGCAAUUGCAACAUUGCAAAUUCCUGGAGGCUCUGUGUGGUGGGAAAUCAACUCAUUAUUAGCCACUCUUCCCAUGGAAUGAGACAAUCUUUGGGGGAGAAACAUCAAUCAGGACAUUGUUGUAAGCAGACGGUAGUUAAUGGUGCAAACCUUCUGUGUUUAUUUUAGUUUUUUACUUUGACUUGACUUCUUUCUAUUGAGUAAUUUUGUCACCCUCAGGAGUUCGUUUUUCUGUGACAAUUUGGCCUUAGCAGAAGGUUAAAACAUGAAAAUAUUAUUUGACAGAUGUUUGUGUUUGUGAGGAAACAAUAUUGAAUGCAAAUUCUUCACUGUUCUUCCUGUUGGUGACAACUGUUCAGGUGAAAUAUGUGAUCACAUGGGCUAAACCUCGACUUACUAGGAUACUGUAUGUAAUACUUACAGCAUAUACGUGAAUAUGUAUGAUGAACCGAUACUAUUAAGUGCCUCUUUUGUAAUGGUGUCUGCAAAAAUAUUAUUUACCAUCAUUUAUGUGACAUAAUUUUUCUAUUGAAUUUUGAUAUUUACUAGUGAGUGCAUUAUAGUCCUAUUAAUUAUGAAUAUUGGUUUUGAUCACAUUAAGGAAUACAUCUGACUGUUGACUUCUUGGAAUCGUUUGUAUCUGGCUCACUUAACCAAUAUGAUUAUUCCAUGAUUCACCUUCACCAUAUUUAUCGGACUUUACUAUAUUGCGUAAGCCACAUUUUGAAAUCAAUGCACACAAUAUGAAUAAAAAAUUGUGGUUGUGAAGAAGA